UUUUUUUUUUUUUUUUUGAUUCUACUCCUUUAUCAUAUCAUAUAUUCAUAUCAUAAGGUUCAAACCUUAAUUUGUUUCUUAAUAUUUUUGUUGUCCAAUUCGCAUGAAUAGAAUACAUGUGACAUGCUUAAUGGUAGUAAUUUUAGUUAAAAAGAUUCGAAAUUUGACACCUAUAUAUUCGUUGUUGCCAACCUGGCUGGUCCUAGUGUGCAAAUUUCUUUCCAACUUCGAAACUUUUGGUCUUUUUUUUUUUUAAUUUCAUGAUUUUCUGCUCAAAAGUCCCAACUUUUCAAUUUUAAUUUUUUUGAAAAGGGGGAAAAAGAAGAGAUUUUUUUAGUUUUAGGGCUAAUUUGUGUCUUAAAUCUUGUGUAUUAGUCAAGUUCGAAUCUUUAAUCUUUCUGGGUAUUGCCAUUUUGUUAAAAAGUUACAGCUUUUGGUAUUUUCUUAUUCAAAAUUAAGCAAAUUUGUGGGAUUAAAGUUUGAAUCUUGUACUGCUAAAAAAAAAGUUUGAAUCUUGAACUGGGUAUAGGGUAAUGCCCAGGAAUUAGGAUGGGUGUAAAUUCAAGUGAUAAUUUGGUGAAAUUUUUUGAAGAAAUUGACAAUGUGGCAGAGGAAUGGGACCAGAAGGUUUUUCUGAAGCAGUCAUCUCGUUAUAACGGUUCUUCCAAUAGCAUUUUAACCGAAGCGGAGGAGGAUUUGACUAAUGGUAAUUCAGUAGUUUCAAAGCUGUCACAGCUUCUUUCUACUGAAAGUGCUUCUGCUGCUGUUGAUGGCAUCGAUGCUGAUCUGAGAAAAUCUGUUCCAAGGUUAAAGAUAGCUAUGCUUGUUGUUGGCACACGAGGAGAUGUUCAACCUUUUGUAGCUGUUGCCAAGAAACUUCAGGAUUUUGGUCAUCAUGUUCGUUUGGCAACUCAUAUAAAUUUUAGUGACUUUGUCAAGUCAGCUGGUGUUGAGUUCUAUCCUUUGGGUGGUGAUCCGCGCAUUCUAGCAGGAUAUAUGGCAAGAAAUAAAGGGUUGCCCUCAGCAAAAGGAGAGUUAACAAUUCAAAGGAAGCAAUUGGAAGCUAUUAUGGAAUCAAUCCUACCUGCUUGUACAGAACCAGACAUAAAGACUGGUGCACCGUUUAGAGCUCAAGCAAUAAUUGCUAACCCUCCUGCUUAUGGACAAUUACAUGUUGCUGAAGCUCUAAAUGUACCUCUACACAUACUCUUCACGGUGCCAUGGACGCCAACUUAUGAAUUUCCCAUCCCAAUUGCUCAUCUACCGCAAAGUCCUGGUAACCGGUUGUCAUAUGUAAUUGUUGAUCUGAUGAUUUGGUGGCUGAUAAGGGGUCACAUAAAUGACAUCAGGAAGAGAAAGUUGAACCUUCCUCCCAUUUCAUACUUUAGCACAUACUAUGGAUCUACAUAUCAUUUGCCAACGACAUACAUGUGGAGUCGUCAUGUCUUACCUAAACCAAAAGACUGGGGACCUGAAGUUGAUGUUGUUGGUUAUUGUUUCUUAAACCUUGGGUCCAAGUAUCAGCCACAAGAAGAGUUAGUAGAUUGGAUAAAGAAAGGGCCGAGGCCAAUAUACGUUGGCUUUGGAAGCAUGCUUCUUGAUGAUUCCAAGAGAACUACAGAUAUCAUUCUUGAAGCAUUGAAGCAUACCGGACAGCGUGGAAUAAUUGACUGUGGUUGGGGAGGCCUUGGUAUUGCUUCUGAACUUCCAGAUGACGUCUUCCUUCUCGAGAAUUGCCCUCACGAUUGGCUUUUACCUCAAUGUUCUGCAGUGGUUCACCAUGGUGGUGGUGGAACUACAGCGGCUGGACUAAAAGCUGGGUGUCCCACUACAAUUGUUCCAUUCUUUGGAGAUCAGUUUUUCUGGGGUGAUAGGAUUCAUGAGAAAGGAUUGGGGCCAGAGCCUAUACCUGUUAACGAGCUCACUGUCGAAGCUCUCUCUAAUGCUAUCGAAUUCAUGCUAGAGCCAGAGAUCAAAUGUCGAGCAAUGGAAAUAGCUCGGUUGAUAGAUAAUGAAGAUGGUGUUGCAGCUGCUGUCGAUGCAUUUCAUCGACAUUUACCCAAUGAAUUGCCAGUGCCACCUGCAUCAAUGGAAAACAAUAGUCCAAAUCUUAUUCAGUGGUUCUUUGUUCAAAUUGGAACAAUUUGCUGCAGUGUUUGUUCUUAGAUUAUUUUGUAGGUGUGAGUGAGAGUAGGGUUUUUGUAUAGCUUUUGCCCUCCAAUGUUGGUUAAUACUAAUACCAUUAUUUGUAAUUAACCAUUCAUUUUAUUCAUUUCAUUCUGUAAAUUAUGUUUGGAAAAAUACAUUAGGGAGUCCAACUCAAGAAAGUUAUUGCAUUAGGUGAA